AUGGGGUUACUAGCCAGGCUAAAAGCCACGGGUUAUCGAAAAGAGGAUGGUCUUAGGCCCAAACCAACAGAGUCAGUGGCAGAAACUGGCAAGAAACGCCGCUCAUAUACCACGAGUAGUAAUUUCAAGACCACGAAUCCUGCCAGAGACUUUUAUAUCGAGCAAGAAGCCCCGCAUAAAAUUUGGAAGCCCAACGAAUAUAUCUGCGGAGAAGCGGUCCUGGUCUUGAAAAACGACAUUGAAAACAUUGCUGUAAUGCUUUCCCUGCUUGGGGAAGUCAAGACGCGCGGCUUGGGACCUCGGACUCGGUCAGAAAAGCUUUUCGAAAGAACUACUGUUGUUUACGGUGAACCAGAAGAAGCAGAGCCUGGAAAAAAAGCCGUAAUCAACGGACUCACAAAAGGCGAGCACAGGUUCCCCUUCAGACUCAAAGUGCCCUCCAAGAAUAUCUUCACAUCAAUUAAGUUCGAAAGAGGGUCCAUCUCCUACUGCAUUCGGUGUACACUCGAAGCUUCGCAAAAUCGCUGCGUAGAUAAGGUCAUGGCUGUGUGUGAGCGAAACAUCUCCGUUAUGGUACCGCUAGACGUGAGCAAUGUUCCAAAACCCAAAACUAAAACGGUAGUAUUACAAUCUCCCGCGGUUUUAAAACAGACCAAGACUGAGCACGAUAGCAGUUCAAGCUUCACAAAACGCACCGGGGGAUCCAAGAAUUCCGGAUCUACUAUAGCCACAUCGAAUUCGUUCAAAACAGUGACGAUAAAUGUAGAUCUCCCGUCUUCAGGUUACGUCAUAGGAGAAGUCAUCCCAGUCAAGUUAAAUUUAGAACACUAUCGAGAAUACUCCCAUUCUACUGGGCUAAUAGCGACUUUAGUCAGGAUAUGUCGAGUGGAGGACUCUUCAAAGGAGAAUGCCAUCGAGACGUAUCGAAAAGACAUAUGCCAAACUGUUUCACCCAUCUACGUCAAUCCUGAAUCUUUGGAAUGCAGUGUGACUGUAUAUUUGAAGGUACCUUUUGAUGCCUUUCCUACGCUGCGACUUCCGAACCGGAGAUUUUCAUUUCAAUAUUACGUGGAGGUUCUGGUCAAUUUGUCGCGCAAGAACCUCGCAUUCACUGAAUCUAACCGGGUCGUAGACACUACUUCCAACGCACAAGUAUCAAGCUCACCAGGAAAAUCUAUAGAAGAGACGCUUGCCAUUCUACAGAGGAAAAUACAGUCCGGUUCCAGCACUGAGAACUUUCAAGAUGACGACCGAGAGUCAAUGAUAUUUUUCAAGGAUCUGAUUAACGUCGACAAAUUGAAAAGACUGCGGAAUGUUACUGGAAUGUCCAUCGAAAUUGUUGUCGGUACCACAAGAUUAGAGCCAUCAAAUACUGGUACCGCUGCGGAGACACCCGCAGAGAACGCUCUUUCACCAAAUAACACAACGGCAGAAAUUUCGCUUGCAGAUGCAACCGUAAGCACAACACCACAUACUGAAGUGGCACCAACAGAUUACGUUUACAGCCGGAGUGAAAAACACACCUUACUUCCCCGUCCUUCAUACGUAUUCGAUUAUGAGGAAAGCCCUUUGUUGCCAUUACCUGAAUAUACCCCAAAUUCCCUGUUCAAUGUGACAGAGGACAAAGACGAAAUAGAACUUAAAAGGUUAGAAGAAUUAGAAAGUGAGCCACCUAUGGCGGCUUAA